CUUCAUGGAGACUUCCGGUUGGAGGUUUGGGAGGAGGGCAAUCCCUGCUUUUAUUUUUCUCUCCAGACGGUCUACAGUCGAGAAGAAAAACAAACUUGAACUACGUAGGACGCGUGUCAACUCUUAAUUAUAAACUUGCACGCCCGAGAACGAUCGACGGAUGGCUUCCAGCUGAAGAAAUCGGCUGUUUUUUGCACCUUUGUUUUGUUUCGGGGCGAAACGAACGAAGGGGAAGGGCUGUGCUCAAAUAAAAACAACAACAGCAAGAAGGAAAAACCGGCCGUCUGGAAAUUAAAGUUACUUGUCAGCCAGUGUGCACUUUUACGCACGACGUUGGAACUUUAAAAUGUUGUCUCGACGCGACGAUGGCGCUUUGACUUGCGUUUCCUUUGUUGCUGUCACGUCGUCAGGACGGUAAGCAUGUGUUAAGCCCCACUCAAGAGCUUGACGAGUUUUGCCCCUGAUCACAUCAACAAUAGAAUAAAACCCAAUGGGGGCCAAACAAAGCAGUCCCGCGUACGACGGCAGAACUCGGGCUUAUUCCAGCUCCGACCUGCCGUCCAGCAACUCCGGCGGAGGGGAAAGAUUCGCCGGUUUCAGGUACACCAAUGGACCCGAGGGCCCCCGGAUCAGGUACACGGGCGGGGGACCCACAAGUUCCGGUCUCAGCAUACCUGCCGGAGGCAGACCGGGCUCGCACACUCUCAAUCAAAGUCUGGAUGGCACAGAUGGUGAAGACGAGGGCCAGAUGACCCCCGAGGGCCACCGGCUGCUAAUAGGGUCCCUACCGGCUCAUCUGUCCCCUCGCUUGUUGACUGGUUUCCACUGCCCCGUGUGCUCCAAGUUCAUGGCGUCGGACGAAAUCGAGAAACAUCUGCUAAUGUGUUUCAGCAAAUCACGCCUCACCUACAACAAGGACAUCCUAUCCAGAGAUUCUGGGGAAUGUGCCAUUUGUUUAGAGGAGCUGGAGCAAGGCGACACUAUUGCCAGACUCCCUUGCCUCUGUAUCUACCAUAAAGGGUGUAUAGAUGAGUGGUUCGAGGUGAAUCGCUCGUGUCCGGAACACCCCUCCAACUAGCAAAGAGUACAGCAAAUCAAGCUACUGUACCCGACCUUACUCUUAACACUGUACGUUCCAGUGUUGUAAUUAUGUUUAAGUGCUCAUCAGGGAUUGUAAAACAUGAUUGUGUAGCGGAUUAUUCGUGUGGCCUCGCGGGAGGGACUUCAAAGGAUAUGGGAUGGUUUUUAGUUUAUUUUAUUGUUAUUCGGGGUGUCGUGGAACGUGUGAGGGAAAACUACUGGCGGAGUCUGUGUCUCCAAAGUGAAUGUUCAUCGGGCCCUCUGCUGGCAGGAGCCUCUCCCUAAAGACCAGGAUCCAGUGGAAGGAACUGCGUUGUGAUGGGAGAGUAAUGUGACAUUUCAAUAGAGAUUUUUCUGGUUGUUCUUGUUGCCUGUUCUGUCCCGGCUGUACAAUGUGAAAAAAAAAAAAACAACAGCCAUACAGAAUACAAGAUGCCAAUGUCAGCUUUAAGGGAUGAUUAGUGUUGAUGGCAGUAGUUUAUUGUUUCCAAUUAUCAAACAAAUGUGUCAUAGACCAAAUAGUCUUAACGUGAAAUAGCUAAUCGCUCGGCUAUUCUGAACCACAUCCAUGCGAUUGUGUAGCAUGUUGAAUGUGGAAGUGACGAUAAGCACGGACAUAUCUUAAAUGGUGAUUCAUGCGCUCUUUGAAAAGGAGCGUUAUAAUAUGCUGCUAUGUCAUAGACUGGAAAGUUUCCUAUAAUCUUUGGAUUUUUGUUCAGUGUCAUUUUUAUUUGUACUGUAAUGAAUUGCACAAGAAAAUAAAUGUUUUGUCAAUGUGUCUCUUUACAGCAGAUGGCGUAAUGAAGUGUACGCGCUAUUAAAUGUACCAUCAUUUUUGGACUAUAAGCAGCUACUUUUUGUUCCUUCAUUUUGAAUCC